GAUCCAGGACCUGAUUUAAACAUUAGAUAGCGCUGAUGAGUGAACAACAUGUGAAACACUGAGACAAACUUUACGAUUUUAGUAGAGGUCAGAGGUCAUCCAGUGAACUUGAAAUCAUAAUUUUGUACUUUCGCACACUUUCUACACACACACACACACACGCGCACACGAGUCAUGGAAACAUCUGUGGUUAGAGAUGGUCACCCCAUAGACACAGUGAACCUAAGCACCUUUCCAUUUCUGAGACACGCACACACACACACACACACACACACACACACACGCGCACUGAAACAGGAAAUCUACAGUGAAGCCCUGCGGUAUCAGACACGCACGAGUAAGUCGGCUCUGUCAUGAAUGAAGGUUAUGCGACUGUCACAUGUCACUUAUGUUGGAGUUGAAAAUUUUGUAAUUAUGUUGGAAAUUACUCCUACUUUCUGUGCAGUAAUUUUUUUAUCCUCCAUAUGAAUAUGCACUGCAAAAACUAAUGUUUGAAAAGUAUUUGUUUUGAAUGGAAAAAGUGUUUGUUAGUCAACGGCAGUCAUGAGGUCAUAUGUCCCACCCCUAAGAUGUUUAUGUUCCACUGGCUUUGACCAACCACGAAUAUCAAAGCCUCAUCAUAAAAAAAUGUGUCAAACAGAAAACUUAGAAAAAAAGGUUUGUGCAUCUCUGACGCGUGUCUAAACAUCACAGUUUAACCGCAACCAAUGAGCUGCUAGAGAGAGCGAGAGAGCAGUUUUCCACUGACGUGGACCAAUCAGAUUAAAGAACACACAACCGCAUGAAAGAGCUUCAGCAGCACGAGCCGCUCAGCACCAGUGUCUGAGAUGGAGACAUCAAGAGUCGCUCUCAUCGCUCUCGUGUGUGUUGUGUUCUCCAGUCAGAAGAGGAUCUCUGGAGCAGAAGUGGAGAUGAGAGUCAGACGAGGAGACGACGUCACUCUCUACUCCGACUGUGUUUGGAAAGUUGGAUUGAAUCCACUGUGGUUUAGAAACUGCUCAGAAAAGGAUCAUCCUCGUUUCAUGUUGUCGACUAACGAUUUGAUGCGUGUUGCUGUUACACGUUACUCGUUUGUGUUUAAUGACUCCAGCAACACACACGAUCUGCUGAUUAAGAACGUCACAGAAGCAGAUCAGGGCCUGUACUACUGCGCUCUACAUGAGAAAAAUAUUUCAAAGGAUAACAAUGGCAUCAUCAUCAGUGACGUGUAUCAUUACGGAAACAGAUCCACUCGACUCUCUCUACUCGAACCCUGUCGCAGUGUGUGUGAGCUGUGUGUAUCUGAGCCGAGUGUUAGCUGGAAGCUGGUGUUCAGUGUGUGUGUUGUGUGUGUUCUCCUCUCCUCACUCCUCUCCUCCAUCUGUGUGUACUGCCUCUGCACAAACACCACUAAAGCAGAAGUCGAAGCAGGAAGCAGCAGAAGAACAACUCGGAGACAUGAUGAGGUUGGAGAAGAUGAGGUCUGUUACGCCUCAUUGGACAUCCAGAAGCUCAAGAAGGAGACGAAGAGGAAGAAGAGAGUUCAGCACUCUGAUUUCAGCACAUAUUCAGAAGUCAGGACUGAGAGAACUGAGAGAUGCUGAGGAGGCGUUAAUGAAUUCGGAAAUGUAUUUUGCAUCACAGUGUAUUAUUUGAUAAACUGUUUUGAUAUACUAUCUUUGAUGUCCUUAAUAACAAUCAAUUAAAUAAAAUUGAUAUACAGGUUUUACAUGUUUUUAUACGUUUUUGAAUUUUUUU